AUGGAUACACGAUUAUACGAAGAACAAAAACUAAUUUCGCCGGUGAUAAGAAAUCUGACCGUAGCGUCCACGUCGAAGACGACCGUCAGUGUAAAGUGUAACAAGUACCGAAAGUCGUGCCGACUGCAUCAACUACUAGACAAACCGGAGCCGAUCAUGAUCCGCUAUGCGGUAAACGUUGGACGGUCGCCGCCGAAAUGCAAGCUCUAUCGUAAGUCAUGCAAGGGUCAAAAUGCGACUGCCCAGACGCCGCUGAGCAGUGUGAUCAACGGCGCCGAACGGAUGGCGGCGUUCGUCGACGAGGCAGCGGCCUCGUCGUCGUUCUUUUGGAAACUGACCACGCUGCUAGUGCCGAACAUGGUAUCAACGACUAGCACGGCUGUCGACAAGCCAUGCAUCAGGUACAGGAAAUCGUGCAAAGACCGCCAGUCAAAGAUAGUAAUGGCACCACCACUGGACAGUCAGCAAAUACCCGGCGGUCAGCUGCCACCGAGGACUCAAAGAGGUGCUCAGCCAUGCAAGUUGUACCGCAAGUCAUGCCGACGCGAUCAAAAGCUAGUAGAUAGGCCAACGACGGCGGCGAUGGACGAACAACAGUCCAGAAAUGCCACAUUGUCACAGAAGGCUGUCAAAGAGACACGUGGCUCGACAGCAAAUAAGAAUGCCUCAAAGAACGGUCGAACGAAUCAGUCAACCGAUGAACCGAAAGGAAAAAAAUCUGCUUCGACGUCGGCAAAUUCGUCGUCAAAGAAGAAGAAUGCGAAGGCUACUAAAGCGAAGGCCAAGAAGACGUGCUCAAAGAAAAAAUCAAACAAAAGCACGGCGGCCGACAGAAGCUUUGUGAUUCCGCAGACUCUGAAGCUGUCAUGCAACCGAUACAGGAAGUCUUGCCAGGAAGAGGCCAAAAAAUUGUUACUGGCCAAGCACGAGCAAGCAACACAACGGGUAAACGAUUCCUCUUUUCCCACCACUCCUUCAUCGCCUCCGACUGUGAUCUCCGCUGCAGGUCAAAGUAUUCGCACAGCGACCACCCGACCGCCUACCGUAAAAUGUUCCCGGUACAGGAAAACGUGCAAACACGAAUCUCUCGCUCCCAUCUCCAUCCCCGACAUUGUAGCGAAGCGGCCGACUCCUAAGUGUCCGAAGUACCGCAAGUCGUGCAAUGCAUCGACACCGGUGAUACUGAAACCUUCCGCCGCUACUGAACAACAGGCAACGAUGAUCACAAUCGUCACUGAGCAGGAUCUACGCGACAUCAAACCGUCGGUCAGCAAAUGCAAUCGUUACCGCCUAUCGUGCCAAAAGCUUAUGAAGGGGAAUGCGAGCAACGGCGCGACUCCGCCAACGACAUACGAAUGA